AUGACGGAUUUUCCCCCUAUCUCAAAGGAGGAUAAUCAUGAGGUUCUAUAUCAUUUUAUUUCAGCUCACUUCAAGAAUACUAGUGAGAUAAUCAUCUAUGCAUCAAUUCCUGACAAAAUGGGAGGAGCACCUCUCAAGGUCAAGGGAAAAAGGACCAAGAUAAGUGAAAAGGAAGAUGCUCCAGCCCCCAAACCCAAAAGAACAAAAGUUUCCAAGACUGAAGCUUCCACAGCUUCUGACACUGGUUCUGCUCUUCGUGAAGAAGUCAUUCAGAAGAAAAGAACAAAAGGGGAUAGAGAUCUUCAGAAAACUGUCAAAGAAGGUGCUGAAGAAUGGAUGAAUGAAGAAGAAGAAGAAGAGCCUAAGAAGAAAAAGACUAAACAGCCUCUGGAAAUAGUGUCACCAAUGAUGGUAGCCACUCGUGCUUUAGCGCGAAUGGCCAAGGAUUAUGCUGAUAAUGCCAUAGCUGAGAAGAAACAGCUAGCUGAGCAGUACAAGCUGGAAAGAGAUGAAAGGCUCAAAGCUGCAGGGAUUGUUGAGACUAAUCCUCUAAGUGAUGAGAAAGCUGCUGAGAUCCUGGCUCUCUCUACUGAGGUUAAAGAACAGACAGUUAAGGAAGCAACUGGUCUGCUACAAGAGGCUUUGACAAGAGGAAAGGGAACAUCAGAAGCGGCUGCUUCAGAGUCUGCAUCAGAAGCUGUGAGAUCAGAAGCUCUCCUCUCAGGUAAUUCAUCUGAUCCAAAAGCUCAUAUCAAUAUUCAGAUUCCAUGUUCUUCCCCAUCAUCUUCAUCAUCAUCUUCCACUGACUCAGAUGAUAUUACUCUGAGUCAGCGCUAUAAAAAGCCUCUCCCCAAAUCCAAAACAACUAAAACUUCCAACCAACCACAAAAAUCUUCUUUUGGACCUUCUAACAUUGAUGAAAGGACAAUCAGCCUCUCUGAAAGGAGAAUUGAAGUUUGUAAGAAACUGCCAGCUGAUCAUCCCCUUCAACCACCUGUUAUUCAAGCUCUCAAUGUUAUAUAUCCAGAACAAUCAUCAUCUCAAACCCCUUCUUCUGACAUACCAGAACCAUCUUCUCCAUCAACCCUGUUUUCCUUAGAAAAACACUUAGGUGGUGAGAUGAGUGUAACCCCACAGAAAGCCUCUAAGACAGUCCCUGAAAAGACUGUUGUAGAAAAUCAACAACCACCAAGCCCUGUUAUAGAAGAAGAACCUGAAGUUCAUAUUGAACUUUAG